AUGUUCCUUUAUCUUAUCAUCGAUGGAGACUACCUUCUCUCCGGAAUGGAGCCCACGUCGGAGGCCGCCGUGUACGAGGUUGUGGAAAAGAUAAACGAUGUCAUCCGCACUCGCUUUUUGCUCGACGCCGAUUCCUGUGGGAUGUCGUCAACUGAAAAACGUGUGAUUUUCUUCUCUUCAACCAUCAUGAAGGUGCUGCAGCGGAGACAGCAGCGUGACUUGCUCAUAGGUACACUUCGUCGGCUCCGCUUUCAAACACUUGUACUGGAUUGCAUCGCCAGUCGUACUGGUUCACCGGUCGACGCCGCGAUGUGCACGAAAACAAUGGCAUUUUUUUCGAAUAUUGCAGGAACCACUAGUUUGGGUUCCGCAUUGUCUGCAUCCUCAGCAAAUACAACAUAUGUGUACAUGACAGCCAAUGCGCACAUUGCACCAGCGCUGGAGUGGGUUCACAAUGCAGGUUGUGGCGUCUGCUUCAUUGUAUAUGAGGGUGACUCUGUGGCUGACGAACUAAUGGCCUAUGCAGGCCCAAUUCACGGUAACAGUGGUGGCAUAGGAAAGGUUGUAAAGGGAAAUGGUGUUCACUUUGUCACCAGCACCGAAGCGGCACGCGCUGCACUGGCGCUCUUAGAACAGGAGGCAAAGGAGCUUCCCCUUGUAGUGCAGUUGCAACUUCGCAAACUGCAAAAGCAGAUGGCGGGGGAGGAUGACGGCGACAUCGGUGAGCAAGGUAGCGCCCACUGCGGGAAAAGCUGCUUCACCGAAGCACGUGAAAACAGCAGUAGCACCCCUGCUCAUAUAAUGCCACCUCCAAUCGAGGGUAUUGAGAGCCCGUUUGUGGGGGCCGAAAAGGGUGGAAGCAGAAGGGAGAGUGGUGGCGAAAGCGAAAAAACUUCUCGUGUGGAAGCCUCUUGUCAGGUAGCAACCAAGGAGCGCGCUGAAAUGAAGGCAUCUUUCCCUGCCAGCGAGGUGGAAAACUCACCCAGCACCUCUACGCUCGUACGAGAAACUUCGGUGCCCGCGGUGCCGUCCCAAGCUGCUGCUCCAACUGAGGUGGAUACCCUCGAAUUUCCUGAACCUGCCGUAUCUACACGCCUUCCGGCCGGUUGGGCACUGAUGUAUGACCGGCAGCGCCGGCGGCAUUAUUUUGUUCAAACGCAGAGUAAUGGUAAGGUCACGACAACGUGGACGCACCCGGGAGGUAUCGCCGAGCAGAUGGACUUGGAACGGCAGGUGGAUGAGUGGUACGCGAAGCAGCAGUUGCGUAAGCUUCAGGGCAGAGAUAUCCCCCUGCCCGUGACGGACGUUCCCACCUCCAGCAUUAGUGCUGUUGCCACCGGUAAUAUGGGUAUGCCCAUGCCCGUUUCCCCGGCGCCGCCAGCAGUUUCUGUUCUGCCACCACCAUGGGAAGAACAUGUGGAUCCCAAGAGCAGGCGUGUGUUUUACGUCAACCAUCAAACACGCGAAACAACAUGGGUGCGCCCUCAAUGCGUCAUGUCCCAACAGCACCAACCCCUGGUACCUUCUCCAGUCACUGUGACUCCGGUUGUUCAACCACAGGCGCCAGCAGCAGCAGCGUUGCCGCCAUUCUGGGAGGAGCGUGUUGACACGAAGAGCGGACGUGUGUUCUAUGUUAAUCAUCAAACACGCGAAACAACUUGGUCGCGUCCACAGGUGGGUCUGCCUCAGCAGGGUCAGCCGAUACCUGCUAGUCAAACUAACGUGCCAGUAGUUGCCCCUCCACUUGCAACAUCGGCUCUACCACCCUUCUGGGAAGAACAUGUGGAUCCCAAGAGCGGGCGUGUGUUUUACGUCAAUCAUCAAACACGUGAGACAACUUGGACACGUCCUUGA